CUCUGUUAAAUUGCUAUGUAGUAUAUAAAUUCACACUCAACCGUGUGAACAAUACAAAUCAAAGUCCCUCGACAGUAACACAAAAGAUGGCUAGUGCAAAAUCACAGGUUGUAUCGAUCUCCAAGAAGAUCAUUAAGCCCUCCACUCCAAUCCCUUCUUCACUUAGACGUCACAAUCUCUCUUUCAUGGAUCAAUUGGUUAGUCCCGCACAUAAUCCAUUGGCUUUCUUCUACCCCAAACGCACAAAUUCAUCAUAUGACCAAAACCACAUAUCCCAGCUUCUUGAAAAUUCCUUUGCGGAAGUAUUGACCUCGUAUUAUCCAUUUGCUGGAACAAUCAAGGACAAUGUCUUUAUCGAUUGUGAUGAUAGGGGAGCUGAGUUUUAUAAUGUUCGAGUCAAUAGUUCCAUGUCUAAAAUUCUCAGCCACCCUAAUUACCAUGAUGCUACAAAAUUAGCUUAUCCACAAGGUUUGCCUUGGAACACUUCAUAUGACGGAAGUUUAGUAGUGGCUCAGCUUACACAUUUUGAUUGCGGUGGAAUAGCAAUUAGUAUAUGCAUCUCACACAAGGUCGCCGAUGCAUAUUGUGUAAUCAAAUUCAUCAAUGAUUGGGCUGCAUUAACUCGUGAUUUGGGUGCAAAACCAUCUACUCAGUUUGAUGGAACUUCAUUCUUUCCACCAACUAGUGAUCCUUCAACUUUACCAAAUUUCGAGCCCGAAAAUCAAGAAUGUGUGACAAGAUUGUACCAUUAUUCCUCCUCUGCAUUAGGCAGACUGAAGGCCAUAGCUUUUGCUGAAUCAGGUGUUGAGAAUCCAACCCGAGUUGAAGUUGCCACAGCACUUGUUCACAGGUGUGCUGCGGCUGCUUCAGCAAAGAGGAAUAAUAAUUCGGGUUCAUUCAAACCAUCUUUACUGUGCCAUAUCAUGGGUUUGCGCCCACCAGUGCCACUAAACUACAUUGGAAAUGCUAGUUGCUUUUUUGUCUCAUCAGCACCUACAGAAGAUGAUAUGCAAAUGCCCCAGUUGGUAGCUCAACUAAGAAAAGCUAAGCAUCAAUUGCGCGACAAACUAAAAAAUGUGCCACAAAAUGAGCUAUUCUCUCAAACACUUGAAGUAAUCAAAGGGGGUGCAGAGCUAUUGGCACAAUUAAGCAACUUUGAUUUGUAUAGAUGUAGCAGUUUGUGCAAUUUUGGACUAUGUAUAUUAAAAGAAUGUAUGUAUAUUAAACAUUCAAAUUUGCCCUUGUGGCAAAUAAUUGUGCCAAAUAACAACACGUGUAGAAGUUUUUCCAAAAUUUGA